CUCUCUCUCUCACACACACAAACCCCAGCCAGUGCAGCUGCUGCUGCUACCCCAGAAGCUAUUGGAGCCCAACCAUCCAGAACUCCCAGACCCCAGAGCACUAGUUGUUCAUUUGUAGAGCCCUGAGUCCUCUCCUGCUUCCUGAACACCACAUCCCAAUCUUUGCUGAAACCUCCCGAUCCGCGGGUACUUCUGGCAUCGCAAACCGAAUAUUACCGCCGAUCCAUUGGAUACCCAGCGUUUCUUUUCCUGUAGCACCUGCGAAAAAUUCCAUCUUUUUUGGCUACCAAACAUGAAGAAAUGGGAUGCAUGAUGCUGCUUGGAGUGGACGCCAGCUAUAUGGAAGAUUUCUAGCCUAUCUUCUUGAUUGGAUUGUCGCCAUCGCGAGUUGGAUAGAUGGGUAGAGGAAGAGGCAGAGGAAAGAAGCUAACGAUUGUCCGGAGCCAUGAAGACAAAGGAAGCGGCGCUGAAGAAGCUAUGCCUGCAAGAAAGAGGAGGGGAAGGCCACAAAAGCGCUUCGCCGAUAAGAUUGAUCAAGUAGAUGUGGAAAAUUUUGUAGACAAUGUAAUUGAUGGCGAAGAAGUAGAAGGUGAUGAUGUUAAGCUGAAGGCAUCAAGGCUAGACAAGAACACCACUGCAUCUGCUGCUGGUAACAAGAGAGGCAGGCAGCUGAAAGAAAGCUCCAAUCUUGUCCUGGAAGAGAGUAAUUCCAGUGUUCGAUCAAGCAGUGAUGAAUCAACUAGGACUAAUGGAUUCAGGCAGAUUGGAAGCCGGCGCAAAAACAAGCCCAGGCGAGCAGCGGAGGCAGGGCUAGAAUGCAAGUGAGUCCAUCUACACAAUUUUUCAGUAUUCAGUAGACUUCAUUUUUUUUUUCUCAUCGUCUUCUCUUCAGUAGUUCCUCAAUGCUGCGAAAUGUAAGCAAAAUUAUGUACUGAUUGCUCAGGGUUUUGCCAAUGUUGAGGCAAAACAAAUGAACUGAUAGUACUGUACACCAACAGGUGUUCAGCUGCUCUUCCAAGCUGAAUACUAUUUUGGCCUGCUUGUAGCAGAGCUCUCAACAGCUGGUGAUAUUAGCAGAAAUUCCUGCAAUCUUGAUUC